AUGUUUUAUCUUUUUUUCAUAUUUCAUAUUUUAUUUCUUUUAAUUAAAAAUUUAUAUGGUAUUAAUAAUGAAAAUAUUAAUAAUUUACAAGUAUGUUCAAAAGAAUGGCAAAAUCCUAUAUUAACAAUACCAACAUUAAGUUUACCAUCAAUACCAUUAAAAUGUUAUCCUGAUGAUAGAAUUUGUGAAAAAUAUGGUGGUGAAUGUCAAUUUUCAUUAAAAAAAUUUGAAUAUAUAUGUUGUAAAAAUAAUGAUUAUGAAAGAAUACCUUUAUGUCCAAGAUAUUAUGAUACAUUACAUACAUUAUGUGGAAAUAAUAAUAAUGAAGGAAGAUGUCCUAAAUCAUAUGAAUGUAUGAAAGCAAGAAAUUAUCCUAAUAUAAAAUUAUGUUGUCGUAGAAAUGAUAAUUUAUCUUAUAUAGAACCUGAGACAACAUUUAAUGAUCAUUUUAUUGUUCCUGAUAUAAUACCAUAUGCUCCAAAACAUUCAAUAAAUAUUAUAUUUAAUGAAGAUGUGUUAACAGAGGGACAAUUAAUAUAUAGAGAACAAAUUAAUGAUCUGUUAGAUAGACCACCUCAAUUAUCAGGAUAUGUCUUUUCAGAUAAUUUACAAUAUACUGUUAUUAUUAUAGGUUUUCCAUUUCGUUUUACGAAAAAUACAUCAAUUGAUAAUCCAUCUACAGUAUAUUUAUUUGAAAAUGAUAUUAAACCAAUAAAUGGUAAAAUAAAAUUACAAGAUUUUAAUGAAAUUGAAAAUACCAAACAAAAUUUAUAUAUUAAAAAAAAUUUAAAAGAAAUAGAAAAUUCAUUUAAAUUUUCUAAAUGUUGUACAGUUUCAUAUAAAAAACCUGGAGAUGAAAUUAAAUCAAAAGAAAUAUAUACAAUGUUAUUAUUAAUAUUUAAACAAAAAAAAUCUUUUACAAUAUCACAACAAAAUUUAAUUCUUAAAAAAAAUGGAAAAGAUAAAAUAUUAAAUAGAAAUGAUAUUAUUUUACCAAAUCAAGAACCAUUCUAUAUGAAGAAAUUUUUGAAACAAAAUAAUGAAAUUUAUGAUACCGUACCUGUAGUUGGAAAUUUUUAUGGCAUAAAAGGAUAA